AUGGAUAUACAAAUUCCAGAUUUAGAGUCUUAUAUUAGACAACAAUUGUCAACUCGUAUUAUGUAUCUUGAUGGUGGUAUGGCUACAGUCAUACAACAACUAAAAUUAACGGAAGAUGAUUUCAGAGGACAGAGAUUUCUAAAUCAUCCUAAAGAUCUCAAAGGAAAUAACGAUCUUUUGGUGUUAACACAGCCUCAACAUAUUAGAAAUAUUCAUAUAAAGUAUUUAGAGGCUGGUGCUGAUUUCGUUGAAACUAACACUUUUAGUAGUACUUCUAUCAGUCAAGCAGAUUAUGCUUGUGAAAAUUUGGCCUAUGAAUUAAACAAAGAAGCUGCUAAAUUAGCCAAAGAAGCAUGUCUUGAGGUUACUGCACGUGAUCCAACAAAACCUAGAUUUGUCUGUGGUGCAAUCGGUCCAACAAAUCGUACGUGUUCUAUCUCACCUUCAGUAGAAAAUCCUGCUUAUCGUAACGUUACUUUUGACGAAUUGGUCGAGGCAUAUACGGAACAAACCAGAGGGCUUUUGGAUGGUGGUUCUGACGCUAUUUUAGUUGAAACUAUUUUUGAUACCUUAAAUGCUAAAGCAGCUCUUUAUGCAGUUGAUACACUUUUUGAAGAAGGCGCAUAUAAACGAGUGCCGGUACUUAUCUCUGGCACAAUUGUAGAUCUAUCAGGACGUACUUUAAGUGGACAAACUGGAGAAGCGUUUAUUACAAGUGUUUCUCACACUCGACCUUUGGCGAUAGGAUUAAAUUGUGCAUUGGGUGCUGAUCAAAUGCGGCCAUUUAUUAGGAAUAUUGCAAAUUUUACAAGUUCAUAUGUGCUCUGUUAUCCAAACGCAGGUCUACCAAAUACUUUUGGUGAAUACGAUGAAACACCAGAAAUGAUGGCAAAAUCUAUACAUGAGUUUGCAAAAGAGGGUUUGAUUAAUAUAGUAGGGGGUUGUUGUGGUACCACACCUCAGCAUAUUGAAGCCAUCGUAAAAGUAUGUUCUCAAUAUAAGCCACGAGUUCCCCCGCCUGAUAUUAGUUUAGAUAAUUUGGUUGUGGCUGGUUUAGAAAUUCUGAAAAUUAAUAAAGAAAGCAAUUUUGUAAAUGUGGGUGAAAGAUGUAAUGUUGCCGGUUCAAGGAAAUUUGCCAAGCAUGUGUUAAAUGGCGAAUUUGAAGAAGCCUUAGCCAUAGCUAAAGCACAAGUUGAAAGUGGUGCACAAGUUAUUGAUGUUAAUAUGGAUGAAGGAAUGUUGGAUGGUAAAGCUGCUAUGACAAGGUUUUUAAAUUUAAUUGCAAGUGACCCGGAUGUUUCAAAGUUACCAAUAAUGGUUGAUUCAUCAAAUUUUGAGGUAGUUUUGGCAGGUUUAAAAUGUGCACAGGGUAAAUGUAUAGUAAACAGUAUUAGUUUGAAAGAGGGUGAGGCUGAUUUUAUUAAAAAAGCAAAAAUUAUUAAAAGAUUUGGAGCAGCAGUCAUUGUUAUGGCCUUUGAUGAACAAGGUCAAGCAGAUAUUAAAGAACGUAAAAUUGAAAUUUGUACUCGGUCAUAUAAUAUAUUAACAAAAACCGUUGGAUUCAACAACAAUGAUGUUAUUUUUGAUCCAAAUAUUUUGACAAUAUGUACCGGUAUGGAAGAACACAAUAACUAUGGAGUAGAAUUUAUUGAGGCUGCUAAACUUAUUAAAGAAACUUUACCUGGAGCAAAAAUUAGUGGUGGUAUAUCAAAUUUAUCAUUUUCAUUUCGUGGAAUGGGCAAAAUUAGAGAAGCUAUGCAUAGUGUCUUCCUUUUUCAUGCGAUCAAAGCAGGUCUUGAUAUGGGCAUUGUUAAUGCAGGUUUUUUGACUAUUUAUGAUGAAAUACCAAAAGAUCUAUUGGAAUUAUGUGAAAAUGCGGUUUGGAAUAAAGAUCCUGAUGUUACAGAAAAAAUUUUAAGUUAUGCUCAGAAAUUUGUCAAGGGUAAUGUUAAAUAUAUUGUUGAGGAUACUGAAGAAGCUAGGCAACUGUUGGGAAAGCCCUUAAGUGUUAUUGAGGGACCGUUAAUGGAUGGCAUGAGUACAGUUGGCGAUUUGUUUGGAGCAGGAAAAAUGUUUUUACCACAGGUUAUCAAAUCUGCAAGAGUAAUGAAAAAGGCAGUGGCUUAUUUGAUUCCAAUUAUGGAAGAAGAAAGGCAAGCCGAGCUUGUUGCAAAUCCUGAUGCUGAAGAUACAGGUCCACAAAAUGCAGGAGUUGUAGUGAUAGCUACUGUAAAAGGAGAUGUACAUGAUAUUGGAAAAAAUAUUGUUGCAGUUGUACUUGGUUGUAAUAACUACAAGGUUAUUGAUUUGGGUGUUAUGACACCGUGUGAAAAGAUUAUCGAUACAGCAAUAAAAGAAAAGGCUGAUGUUAUUGGGUUGUCAGGAUUAAUUACUCCAUCGUUGGAUGAAAUGAUUACAGUUGCUAGAGAAAUGGAAAAACGUCAAUUAAAAGUUCCAUUAUUAAUCGGUGGUGCUACUACGUCAAAGGCUCAUACUGCAGUCAAGAUAUCUCCACAAUAUAGUCAACCUACCAUUCAUGUAUUAGACGCAUCGAAAAGUGUUGUAGUGGUUUCCAAUUUAUUAGAUCCAAAAUCGAAAGAAGAUUUUUGGGAUGAUAUAAGUGAUGAAUAUUCGGAAAUUAGAGAGGAUCAUUUUUCUUCAUUAAAAGAUAGAAAAUAUUUAUCAUUAAAUUCAGCUAGAGAAAAAAAGUUCCAAAUUGAUUGGUCUAUACAAAAACCUACAAAACCUAAUCUUAUCGGUAAAAGAAUUUUUGAAAAUUAUGACUUAAAGAGAAUAUCUGAAUAUAUUGAUUGGAAUCCAUUCUUUCAAGUCUGGCAGUUGAGAGGAAGGUAUCCUAAUCGAGGAUUUCCAAAAAUAUUUAAUGAUGAACAUGUUGGGGCUGAAGCUAAAAAAAUUUACGAAGAAGCACGCAUUCUUAUUAAAAAUAUCAUUGAUAAUAAAUUAUUUAAUGCUAGAGGAAUAGUUGGAAUAUAUCCUGCGAACAGUGUUGACGAUGAUAUUCAGGUUUAUGAAGAUGAAAAUAGGAGCAAAGUUGCUUGCACUUUCUUUGGGUUAAGGCAACAAGCAGAAAAGGAACAGAGCGAACCAUAUUUUUGUUUAUCAGAUUUUAUAGCACCAAAAUCAACCAAUAUCCCUGAUUAUUUAGGGCUCUUCGCAGUUGGAAUAUUUGGUGCAGAAGAUUUAGCUAAAAAAUUUGAGACGGAUCAUGAUGAUUACAAUGUCAUUAUGACAAAAGCAAUAGCAGAUCGAUUUGUCGAGGCUUUUGCAGAAUGUUUACACGAAGAUAUGCGUAAAACUAUAUGGGGAUAUUGUCCUGAUGAAGAUUUGACUUUAAGCGACAUGUUAAGUGUUAAAUAUAAAGGGAUUAGACCCGCGCCAGCUUAUCCUUCUCAGCCAGACCAUAGGGAAAAGAUUACAAUGUGGAAAUUUUUAAAUAUUAAAGAAGAAACUGGAAUUGAUUUAACAGAAGGAUUAGCCAUGUUACCUGCAGCAAGUGUAUCAGAAUCGCAAUAUUUCUCAGUAGGAAAAAUUGAAAAAGACCAAGUUACGAGUUACACAGAACGCAUUGGGAAAGAUUUAGAAGAAACUGAAAAGUGGUUAGGGUCUAUUUUAAAUUACGGCCAUAAAGAUUGUUUACAUAAACCUGGCUAUAUAUGCGAAGCAAAUAACUUAACAAGUGAUAUUUUUGAUAAUGUUUCAGCUGCUGUAACUACACUUUAUAAGCAGUUGUUUCCUUCUUCUGAAACAAAAUUCUCAGGACCUCUUAUCAUAGGACAUGAUAAACCAGAAAUUAAUAAUCAAUUGUUAACAGAUGUAAUAUUUUGUCCAUUUAAUUGCAUGUACAAUAAAUUCACAAUAUUUAUUUAUGGAAUUGGUGUGUCCUCAGAUGAUGGAAUGUGUAAUGUAGGUCCAGGAUUUAAGUCUUCUUUUGUUUGUGUAAUAGGGUUUGAGAAAAAGAAGACAUUAUUUGUACAAGAGAUAAAUUAUAAAAACUCCAUUGUAAAAAUUUAUCAAGAUCAUAAAUUGAUGUCUACACAUGUUGGUAGUAACCCAAAUGAUGUGUGGGAAAAGGUUGGAUAUUUAAAAAACCACAAAGAAUGGAAUAUUGCUAGCAAAAUGGAACAUUUAUGGAAUUAUCACUUACGAAAAUGUACAUUAGCUUCAGUACCAUGGAAUGAAUUUUUUAUUGAAUGGUACAAUGACAAAAAAACAAUCAUUGAAAUCACCACUGCUUUAAAAAAAAUCUAUCCACCAAAUCAUGAAUUUAAAGAAAGAGAAAUGCGAGCAUGGAGAGCUAUGUUAUCUCAUUCUGGAUGUACAAAUAUAACACCAUACAGUAAUGAUAUAUCAACAUAUGAAUUUUGGACAAGAUCCACCAAUCCAACAUAUGAUUGUGAAAAUUUACAAUUUCUAUUUGAUUCAGGGUUUUUGAAUCCAUUUCCUAAAGGACAUCGCAAUGAUGGUGAAAUUUUAUGCAAUUGUUUUAAUCAAUCUACAAAAGCAAAUGGAAAAGGUUAUAAUGGAAAAAAAGAAUCCUUUCCAUUAUAG